CCCGAAAGUAAAUGAAGUCAUUUUGAUGAAGCUCUGGCACUGGCGCGAGGAUGAGAUGUUGAAUGUGACAAGUUUUUUCUUUAAGUGUUUUAUGGAACAAUGACGGCUCUUGAGGAGAACGAAAAGCGUCUUUCUUUCGCUGCCGUUCGGCAGUUGGCCCCCCCGGUUCGUCUGGUGUCUGCGGCCGUGUGGAAGGUUCUGAAGCAGAGGGACGUGAAGCACUAUGGGGCCGUGGAGGAGUUUGUGUCUUCAGUCUGUGACACGGUACCCGGUUUGCUCGCCUUGGGACAUCGAGUCAAACUAACACUCGGAAUCAGAGCACGGCUCAUCCUGGAUUUGCUGUCUAAUCAUGCGGAUACAAAGCUUAUUGAGGAGCAUUUGGAAAGUCUUCGUUUUCCUGCUGAAUAUGCUGCGGAGGAUGUAAAGGUUUGGAAAUCAGUGGAGGAUUUCCUCAAAUUGAUUGACUCACUCGUCCUGGACCAAAAAGCCAAAGACAAGUUCUUCAAGGAGGUGUUUGUUCAAGAUUAUGGUCCUGUUCAAGAUCAGGAGUUGGAGACGCUGAUGUGGGAAUUCCUGAUUGCGCUGGACAGGCUGCUCCCAAUUCCCUCUUUGCUACAGACGGUGGAGUGGCUCAGUGGUGCCCCAUUUGUCAAGGAAGAGUGCGUGCUUGCAGCUUCUCAGCCUCAGCUUUUGAAUAUUUUACUUCAGCAUCAAGUCAGUUUAGGUCAUCUGGACAAUGCAGCUUGUCCUUCAAACAGUGGAGACUCAACCCUGACUUCGCUGUCCUUACCACCUUCAGGAAAAGCCCCUUUUGAUUGGACAGCUGGCCACUCCACGCUGUGUGUAGAGGACAGACACGACACACAGGCAGAGAAGGAAAACCCCUUAAUCUUGCCAGUUAUUGGAUCAAUAUCAAAUGAGGAUGUUCCAGUGAUGGUUUCUGUGCGGACGAGACGGCAGAAAGCCUGUGAGGCAGCAGGUUCCAAACCAACUCCAGAAAAAAACACUGGCAGGUUCACGGUAGUUUUGCCAAAAUCCAAAGAUGAUAGGCCGGGCCUGAUGCAGAAAGGCAGAAAGCGAGGAAUGAAGCGGAAAUUUGAGCAAAGUAGAGUUCAAGCUGAUGAAGAGGGUGAAAUGAAUGUCGAGUGUAAUGUCACUCUCCAGGAAUCUAAAAAGACCUUGUCCAGUUCUGAAACAAUGCUGUACAUGCCGGAUGAUCCGUCCCUUCGCCCCAUUUUCCUGUCAUGUCUCAACAAAAAGGCUAAAGUUGUCAUCAAGAGAGUAUCUCCUGCUUCUCUGCCAUCUCCAAGGAAAAAGAUCUCCAGCAGGCCUGGAGGCACAAGAUACAGCAUCUCAGCUUCCACUUGCAAACCCCUCAGUCGAACCCAUCGAACGCAGGACACUUGUUUCCCCGGCUCCAAAAAUAAAGAAAAUCAUCCUGUCAUCAAAGACCCUUCGUUUCCGCUGCUGCAGAAUGGCACAGAGUUGUCCAGCUUGACCAGCGAUGCUGACGAUUAUGUGGCAGACUCUGAAGAUGAGGCAUCAAAGAACUUCAAGGGCCGGCUGUUCUCGAAGCGCUAUUACAAAACCCGGCACGGCACAUAUGUUCCCACUCUGAGGGAGUUUUGGAGACCAUGCACCACUCAGCCGGACACGUUUCUUAAACGUAAACACAGAUGAUGAGUGGCCAUAUUACAUCCCAGCUGACUGGAAACAGGCCUGAGCACGUCAGGUCUUCAGAGGUCAUCAGCACUAACUUGGACUGCUUUGGAUUUUCACCAUUAUCUGUACGGAGAUCAUUAUCCAUGGAUUGUGUUGCAAUUAUUGUUAAUAAAUUGUGUUUUUAUUGCGUUUUAAUGGGGGGGGGGCAUUACUCCCCUUAGACUUCUCAUCCUUCUGUCAUCCCUGGUGUCCUUGUUUCUGGGUUAGCAAAUGCUCGGUGUGGUUUUACCUACAGAGGAAACCUGAUCAAAGCUAGCAGGAACCCAAAUGCAGCACUCAUCAGACUACCGAACAUCCUCUUGCUGUGCCACUGACCCAAACAUUGUGGCUGUGCUGUGUUCCACAUCAGAGGGGGAAAAACCUGUGCGUGACAGAAGCCAAGACGCUCUCAGGUUACUGAAUGAACUCCACUGGUUUAACCUCACUGUUUCCUUCCACAGAUGUUUUAUUAAAAUAUUUUAUUGCCAGCAUAUGGUAAACCAGUUGGACUCAACAGGACACCGUAAUCAAAGAAGUCAGAACUCUAUAUUUUAGCCUGCACACACUGUGUAUGUAUAAAUCACCACUGUAUUCACUUAGUCCUGGCAGGAAAGGCUGUGCAUUGUGUUGAAAGACAAUAAAUUGCAGUUUCAUUUUGGCAAUCGAAUCAUCAUAGUCUCGCUGCUAUCCCUCCCGUGACUGUGAUCGUCUCGCCAGUGAUGUACGACGCCUCAUCUGUGCACAAAAAGGCAAUGACUCCGCCUAUUUCCUCCGGCUGUCCAAUUCUGAAGGGGAAGAAAGAUGUUUUAACAUGUAGGCAGCAUGUAUCCAGGUUGUCUUGACUUUACCUUUUGAUACUGAGUUGUUUUUUGAAUUCAUUCAUAAUAUCCUCAUUUUGCCACAGCUGGAAUUAAAGUACACAUUAACAAAG